UAAGACUUAGAAAGUAUAAUGGUGGCAUCAUCACUUAUUUCUUUGAUUUCCAAGAAGAUCAUCAAACCCUCUAUUCCGACUCCUCUUAGAAUUCACAAAUUAUCUUUUGUUGAUCAGGUUUUUCAUUAUUAUAUUCCUGUUUCAUUUUUCUACCCUAAAAAUGGUAAUGACAAGUCAUAUGAACCUACUCACGUAUCUCAACUUCUUGAGAAAUCUCUUUCUAAAACACUAUCAUUCUAUUAUCCUUACGCUGGAAGACUAAAGGAUAGUUCCACUGUUGAUUGUAAUGACGCUGGGGUUGAGUUAUCCCACGUUCGUGUCCAUUGUCCCAUGUCUGAAAUUUUUAAUCACCCUUACACUAAUGCUGAACAUGUUGUUUUUCCAGUAGCCCAACCUCACGGCCACGAUGAAGGAAAUUUAGCUAUAACUCAGGUAAGCCAUUUUGAUUGUGGAGGAAUAGCAGUUGGUGGAUGCUUAUCGCACAAAAUUGGAGAUGGUUGCACCGCCAGUAGUUUCUUUUACAACUGGGGGGUUUUGAGCCGUGAUAUAAGUGCAAAUUUAUCUCGUCCUCAUUUUGUUGAAGACUCCAUCUACCCUCAAUCUAGUGAUCCAUCUAUUGUGUCAAAGUCUAUAAAGUCAGAAGAACCGGUGGGAUAUCUAGGGAAACGAUUUGUUUUUCCUGCUGCUAAAGUAAAUGCACUCAAAGCCAUAUUUUCUAUGGAUUCAGGAGUAUGCAAUCCCACUCGAACCGAAGUUGUGACCGCACUCCUUUAUAAAUGUGCUGUAGCUGCACGAAGAGUGAAUUUUGGUUCAUUUAGACCAUCUUCCUUGUUUCAAGUGGCUGAUAUGCGCCAAAGGCUGAACCCGUCUUUGUCCCAUGAUGCAUCUGGAAAUAUUAUAUCUGGAUUUUUGGUGCCAAUAACCAAUGAAAGGGAAAUGAAUUGUCCAAGAUUGGUUAGUGAAAUGAGAAAGGAAAAAGAGAAACUUGUGGACAAAGAUAAUAUUAAGAAAAAUGCAUUUAUCUCAAAAGUACUUGAUUCACUUGAAAAAGGGAAAAACAAUGAAUUUGAUGAUUAUUUUUGUAGCAGUGUGAUUGCACUCCCGCUUUAUAAAACGGACUUUGGUUGGGGGAGGCCAGCUAAAGUGAGCAUGGCAACUGGCCCCAUCAGUAAAUUAUUUUUUCUAAUGGAUAAUCAAAGUGGAGGUGGAGUUGAAGCUUUAGUCAUGUUGGACAAACAAGACAUGUCUAUAUUUGAAAAAGAUCCUGAGCUUCUGGAGUUUGCUAUUCCAGCUCCAAAUCUUUAAUUCAAAGCGUCUUCUGGUCUGUCUAAUUUUAUGGAGUAACUACUAAUAAAUUGGCUUGUCUAAGUCAACUUGUGACUUUUGUUAAAGUAUGUGUUAUUUAAAUUCUUGUGUUGCUAUGUUGUUCAAGUCCAGUUUGUUGAGA